AACAAAAGAGACUUCUAAGACGGAAGUUUCUUUCUAGAUUUGGGCCAUUUGGCUGUUAAAAUCUCUGGAGACACUGUAUACUCUGUCUACUGUCUACCUUUAUCUCUCUCUGCUGCCAAGCUUUAGCCAGCUCAACCCCCUCGAAGAAAAAGCACUCCUACUCUCCCAUCCUGCAGUCCCCUCGUGAGAUUCGUCUUCUGAUUCAGAUUCCUACAUCUCUGUAGCCUUCGAAAGAUAUGGCAUUUACCCAUGCGUUUGUUGGGGUGCCUCUGUUUCAUUGCAUUCAUCUUUGGGGUUGAUAGCAUCAGAGAUGGAUUUGUUUCUUGUGGUCUUGGUACUAGCUUGCCUGAAUUCAUUUGUUUUGCCUGAUGACCAAGGUGAUGCCCUAAAUGAUCUGAAGGUCUCACUUAAUGCUUCUCCCAGUCAGCUGUCAGACUGGAAUCCAAAUCAAGUUAACCCCUGCACUUGGUCAAAUGUUAUCUGUGACCCCAAUAGUAAUAAAGUUGUUUCUGUGACAUUGUCAUCCAUGAACUUUUCUGGAACCUUGUCCCCUAAACUUGGAAUUUUGAAGACUCUGACAACACUUACUUUGAAAGGAAAUGGCAUAAAUGGUGAGAUACCAAAGGAAUUUGGAAAUUUGACAAGUUUAACUAGCUUGGAUUUGACGAAUAAUCAUUUAACUGGUGAAAUUCCUUCUUCCCUUGCUGAUCUUAAGGGGCUUCAGUUCCUGACUUUGAGUCAAAACAAUCUCACUGGGACUAUACCCCAAUCACUUUCAAGCCUUUCGAGCCUGAUCAGCGUUCUGCUUGAUUCCAAUAAUCUCAGUGGUCAAAUUCCUGAGCAUUUAUUCCAAAUUGCGAAAUACAAUUUUACAGGAAACAAAUUGAAUUGCGGUAUCAAUUCUCAUCACCCUUGUGAAUCAAGUGGUGAUCAAUCAGGUGGUUCAAGUAAGCCAAAAGUUGGAAUCAUAGUCGGAGUUACUGGAGGACUUACAAUAAUAGUUCUUAUUGGACUGUUGUUUUUUGUAUGCAAGGGUAGACACAGGGGCUAUAAGCGUGAAGUAUUUGUAGAUGUUGUAGGUGAAGUUGACCGAAGAAUUGCUUUUGGUCAAUUGAAAAGAUUUUCUUGGAGGGAAUUACAACUGGCUACUGACAACUUCAGUGAGAAGAAUAUCCUUGGACAGGGGGGUUUCGGAAAGGUUUAUAAAGGAGUCCUUGCUGAUAAUACGAAAAUUGCUGUGAAGCGGUUAACUGAUUUUGAAAGUCCGGGUGGAGAUGCUGCUUUUCAACGUGAAGUUGAGAUGAUAAGUGUAGCUGUCCACAGGAACCUGUUGCGGCUGAUUGGGUUUUGCACAACACCAACAGAACGCCUUUUGGUGUAUCCAUUAAUGCAGAAUUUAAGUGUGGCAAAUCGUCUCAGAGAUCUUAAACCUGGGGAGCCUGUUUUAGAUUGGACCACAAGAAAACGUGUAGCCUUAGGUGCAGCGCGUGGACUGGAGUACCUUCAUGAACAUUGCAAUCCGAAGAUUAUCCAUCGGGAUGUGAAGGCUGCUAAUGUGUUGUUAGAUGAAGAUUUUGAAGCAGUUGUCGGUGACUUUGGCUUGGCAAAAUUGGUUGAUGUGAGAAAGACCAAUGUAACAACUCAAGUACGUGGAACAAUGGGCCACAUAGCACCAGAAUACUUGUCCACAGGAAAGUCAUCUGAAAGGACUGACGUUUUUGGUUAUGGAGUUAUGCUUCUGGAGCUUGUAACUGGUCAAAGGGCAAUCGACUUUUCACGUUUGGAAGAAGAGGAUGAUGUCUUAUUGCUGGAUCAUGUCAAGAAGCUGGAGAGAGAGAAAAGACUGUAUUCUAUUGUGGACCACAACCUAGGUCGGAACUACAACAUCCAGGAGGUGGAGAUGAUGAUACAAGUUGCACUCCUAUGUACCCAAUCAUCACCAGAGGACCGUCCAGCGAUGUCAGAAGUGGUACGGAUGCUGGAAGGAGAGGGCCUGGCUGAGAGGUGGGAGGAAUGGCAGCACGUGGAAGUAAAUCGCAGGGAAGAGUACGAGAGGCUGCAAAGAAGAUUCGACUGGGGAGAAGAUUCAGUAUAUAACCAGGAUGCCAUUGAGCUGUCUGGUGGAAGGUGAUACAAACAGAUUCUAGGCUGCAACCAUAAGAAUGCAAUCUUAUUUUGCUUGGCUAGAAAUGUUUUUAUUGGUUAAGAAAACUUGUAAUUUGAACUUAGAAAGGAAGAGAAAGGGAGGAUAUAUCGGUAUAAGCUCGAUCAUCUCUUCCUUCUUUUUGUGAAUUCUGUUUGGUGUAUUCUGCAUUGUGUUGGUGUACAUCCUUUCAAUUUUCAUGUUGGAGGUUUGAAUUUUCAUCACCUGUUGAAGGGUGCGGGUUGGUUGAGCUUUUUA